AUGACGAUCCCAACCAGGGUUGUAAUAAGGGAGGAGGUGGCGCCUACGCCCAAUGCUGUUUCAGCUAUAGCAACUUCCACCCCGGUCUUGGCUAUUCCUUUGGCUCAAGUUCUGGAGCAGCUGAGGAGGAAGAGAGCUCGCUCAAAAAAUGAGGUUGAUUUUUUGGGCAUCAACACCGAGGAGCCCGUGAAGGAAGUGUUGGAGGCCUUGUCUCGUGAAACUACAGCUGUGGCGAUGGUCCACAGCAGGUAUUGGACCGAGGAGUGGGGGGAUCACACUUCAUCCUACACUGUCGAGGACCUUGUUGCUGCAAAUGGCGCUUGUAUCACCUGGGCACUUAGCACUAGUGCCCAACUGGAGGGCCUAAUAAAGGACCUUAGGGCGAAGAACAUUCAUGAGGAGCAAAUGUCUCUAGUGAUACGAUGCGUGGACGAUUCACUAAACUUCUCAAUAGUACAAGAAUAUUGGAUUGGAUUUUUAAAUGUGGGUGAUAUAUCAGGAGUUGGACUUUUCAGUGAGCUUAAAAAUGUAUUAAGAAAUCCUAAGCUUGAUAUUGAUGAUAUAAGACGUCAGUGGUAUGAUAAUGGAGCUAACAUGAGUGGAAGACAUAAAGGUGUGCAAAGAAGGUUACUUGAAAUAAACGCUAGAGCAUUCUAUACUCCAUGUUGUUGUUAUAGCCUUAAUCUAGCAUUAUUUGAUAUGGUAAAUUGUUGUUCUAAAGCUAUGUCCUUCUUUGGAGUGAUACAACGCAUUUACACAUUGUUCUCUUAUUCUCCCAAGCGAUGGAAAAUUUUUAAAGAUAAAGUUGAAGGUUUGAUAUUUAAGCCAUUAUCACAAACACGUUGGGAAAGUCAUAUGGAAAGUGUUAGGCCUAUAAAAGAGCAAUCUGUACAAAUAAGAUAUGCUUUCCUUGACUUGGCAAACAUUGCUAAAGAUCCUAAAAUAAAGAGAAAAGCUGAGUCCUUAGCAAUAUAUGAACUUGAAAAUUUUGAGUUCUUGCUUGGCAUGGUCAUUUGA